AUGGAAAAUACUGCUGAAUUCCUUAUUCGAGCGAUGAUAAAUUCGGAAACAUCCAAAAGUAUGCAAGGAAAAAAGCCAACUCAUCGAAUACCUCGAUCUCAAUUAAUUCAAAUACAUGAUCGGCAAUAUUCAUAUGAAAAUGAUUGUCAGCCACUUGUUGCUCAUGAAAGGAUUACAAGUUUUGUUUAUUCACCAUGCACACAACCCCUUUCCUACCUACAACGAAUAUCAUUAACCGAUUUAGUACUGGAAACGGUUCAUCGUGGAAAAUAUCUUCUUCUCAGAACAAUUGUUCAUCCAAAAAAGAUUGUGGAAAUUAAAACUGUUGUUAAAGAUCCUAACGGUGAUGUUGAAGUGUUAGAAUUAUACAAUCAAAAUCCUAAUCGAUCUCAUAAAGAUAUAAUUCCAAAUGACAGUAUUAUGAUACUGAAAGAACCGUACUAUAAAAUAUCUGCUCAAGGAGGAACUUCUUUAAGAUGUGAUCACCCAACUGAUUUAAUCUUUUUGGAUGCAAAUAAUUCAAUGGUACAAGAUCUCACUUGGAAAACUGGAACACCAAGAAUUCACAAAAUCCUAACAGCUGCUGAGUACAAGACACUUGGAAAUGAUUAUUUUAAAAAACGCAAAUUCUAUGAAGCUAUUAAAGCUUACUCAGAUGGUAUUUCAUCAUCUGAAAUUUCUGAUCCAGAAAUCUCUCUUCUUAAACUGAACCGUUCACAAGCUCACCUAAAAGUUCAUCAUUUCGAAGGUGCUCUAAGUGACUGUCAAAAUAUUUUAAAAAAUGAUCCGAAUAACAUUAAAGCUUUGUACCGAUGUGCCAAAGCGUUCUAUGGUUUAGAGAAUUACGAUGAAGCCUUAGUACAAGUAAAGAAGUUAUUAAAAAUAGAUCUUAAGAACGUCGAUGGUCAACGAGAAUUAACUUCAAUUGUGACGAGAAUUGAGAAAAAAGGAAAAGGUCGUUACAAUUUUAAUCAAAUGAUUGAAGAAGCCAAAAAAUCGUCAACUCCUCGUCUGGAUAAUACGUCUUAUGUUGGACCAGUUCAAAUUACUGAGGUGAGUUAUAUAUAA